CUCAGCUGCCAGACAAAAUGAUCAACUUGAGUAAAUGGUACUUAGUUUUGUCAAUACUUGGCUUUGUUUCUUUGAUGAUUUUUAUAUACAAACAAAAAGAGAAUGGAACAGAAGAAAAAACUGAUGCCAGAACUAAGACAGUAACUGAAGCCAGAGCGAAGCUGGACUCAUUCAAGGACAGGAGAUGUGAGGGAAAGAUCUACACGAGCCCGAUUCCACUGGACCUGAAGCACAGACAGAACUCCAGAAAGAUACUGCUUUAUAAACAGUGCAUCACUAAUAGUAACUUGGACAUCACUGGCAAAUGGAAGUCAUUUGAUGACAUCCCCAAUGAGGAGUUGCACAACCUACUUGUAGAUGACCGGCAUGGAAUAAUUUAUUGCUACGUUCCAAAGGUUGCCUGCACCGCAUGGAAAAGGAUCAUGAUUGUUCUGAGCGAGAGUCUGAGGGUGUACGGUGUACCUUUCAGGAACCCUCUAGAUAUCCCCAUCCAAUAUGUUCACGGAUCAUCUCUAAGGCACCUUAACACAUACCCCAAAGCAGUGAUGAAACAAAAACUUCAGACCUACAAAAAGUUUAUAUUUGUUCGAGAUCCUUUUGUCCGACUGGUUUCAGCAUACAAAAAUAAGAUUCAAAGCCCAAUUGAGCCAUAUUAUAAAACAAUCGGGAAAAAAAUAUUAAAGCAGUUUGGAAAUGUCUCUAAUCCAGCAUCUGUAGAGCAAGCGUAUGCUCAGGGCAUUGUUCCUUCUUUCAGCGACUUCAUUCAAUAUAUUCUGAGCCUCCCAGCAAGAAAUUACGCAAAGUUUGAUGAACACUGGAAGCCAACAGUUCACAUGUGCCAUCCCUGCAUGAUCAGUUACGACUUUAUUGGGAAGAUGGAAACCAUCGAGGACGACGCUGCUCAUCUGCUGCGAUUACUUAAAGUCGAUAACAUUGUUAACUUGAAACCGCACGCAAAAAAUAAAACCACCACUGAUGAAAUGAAGACCUGGUUUUCCAACAUUCCCACAGAGUGGAGCAGGAAACUCUAUGAUAUUUAUAGGGCAGAUUUUGAAUUGUUUGGGUAUGAAUAUUAUGACACUCUACAUGAUCUUUAUCUGGAAAAUAUCUGAAUCAUGUUCAUCGUCAUCAAGAUUUCCAAAUUUAUUACAGGAGACAAUACCAGUGAAUAUUUGUACCUGAUACUAUUGUGUCAAUUUGUGUAACUGAUUUUCCUUUCUAAUGAUUUCACCAAAAUUAGUAGUAGAGCAACUUGUCUGAAGAAUAAACAAAAUGGUUAAAAAGAUAUAAUAACCCUCAAUGUGAAAUUACAUGUAAAAAAUGUAAAAAUAAAACUCACUUGAAACACUAAACUGGUGGGAAAACCUGGUUUUCUAAAAUGACAAUAGAGAGCAAGAGAAUACUCUACGAUA